UAGGAAGAGACUGGGGAGAUGUUUGGAUUUAAAGAGACCUGUCAGGCUGGUUAGAAGGAGACUCUGGCAGGUAGGUGUGUGUAUACACAGCUCUGAUAAAGUAUUCACAAAUAUACUGUGUGAAUUUUAAUGUAACUGCUUUAUAAAUACAUUAACAUGGAUACUACAGUCCUGUCUUAAUUCAGAUUAUGUUACAUGGGAUUCCAUACAGAAUCCAGGAUUUCUGUAUAUAAUUAUUGUAAAUAAUAGAAAUACUGACUGCAGAAUGCAGGUUAAAGUAGCCAGGCUGGGAUUGUUAGACCAGAUUAGCUAUGUUUGGGCUAAUUUAAGGAAUACAACCCUUAGUGAUCUUAUUAUGUACAAUUAUUUAUAUAGAAUGUAAUAUAUAUUUUUAUAAAGUGUGCACGUGGCUAUCUUACAGUGUCUGCUCCAAAUGACUAUAUUCCAUGCAAAUAUAUACCAAUAUGAACACACACAGUCUAUAUUUGUAUAGUAACCACAAAAUUAGCAAUCAUUGAGUGUUUCAUUGUGGAAUAGUGAGAAGAAUAGAACUACAUUAUUAUAUACCAAAUAAAACAACUUUUAUUUAGAGCAAACUUUAAAAAUAAAAACACAUCUUGUACAAAGAGUGGAACAUCACCUAAAUAGUGCGUAAAAAAAUUGGUCACAUAAUUUUAAUAGUACAAUAACCAUUUAUGACUAUAAAAUGAAUGCUUUAGAAUUAGAUGCACUUUGUUUUAUUUGUAGCUUGGCAGAGUAUGUUUAUGUUAAAAUCAGACGUGUCAUUAGAUGCCAUUAUAUGGGCAUGUAAUAAAUCUAUAUCUGCAUUCACACGCUAUCUGUGACCUCCUCUCCAGAUAACUGUAUAUUUAUGUACAAAAAGAGCAUAGUUCAUGGUCAGGCUAUUUCAGUUAAACUAUGCAGUGCUUUUUAUUGAUGAGUUUAUCUGUAAAAGGGCAGUCUAGGCACUAUGACCACUAUAAACAUACAAAAUGAAGCCUUGCGCUUAAACUCCUAUACCACCAUAACCACUGUAGCUUGCUGUACUGAUUACAGUGCUAGAAGCCCUUUGGACCGUCAAAUGGUAAGCAGUCUAACCGUUUUGUAAAUGUUGGACAGUUAUCUGGGUCCUGUCAGUUUCAUCUGAUCCCGUCUUCUUUUGUGAUUAGUUUAACUAGUUAAUUUUGUCCAAAUAUGUACCAAGUUGAUAUAUAAAGUUUUGAAGUGGUCAUGGUGCAAGGAAUCUGUAUGUGCAGUGUUUUUAGUAAAAUUAACGCUGCAUAUCUUGAGAUAUUUUAUGCUGCUCCACCUCUGUUUUCAUUAGCCAACCCUGACCAAAUGUUCUGGGUGGCAAAUGUUAAUUCUGGACGAGGUUCAUUUAUUGACUGAGAGUGCCCAGCUUACAUUCUUAGCUUAUGAAUGAACAGCAGUAUUCAAGGUACGUAAAACAUUAUUUAUAACGUUUUUUAACAUAGACCUAGAACACCUAGAUGCCGCAUUCUGUGCUGAGGAAUGCGGCAGCCAUCUAAGGGUUCUUCAAUAGCUUCUAAGGGUUCUUCAAUAGCUUCAGUAGAGCGGCAACCGGUCCAAAAUGGCUGCCGCAUUCCUCGACGCUCAGCACACAAUUCCAUAGACGUGCGCCGUCUAUGUGUUCUAUGUCUAUGUUUUUUAAAGCAUUUGGAGUAGGGGUCCUAAAGAAUAGUGCCCAAAAUAAUAACCGUUAAAUAACAUAAUGCAUCUUUUUGAACAAUAAAUUAUUUUGACUUAUUUUCCGUCAUUCCCAAUGGUGGAGUUUACCUGCUUAGUACACCUCCCAUAAAGUUAUUUCACACAGCCCAUUUUAAUGUACACUUCAAUGCUCUUUCCUGUACAUCUUAAACCCCAAAUUCUCUUAAAUCAUAUAAAAAAUUUAUGUUACUUUCCUACAUUACAGGCUUCAUAAACAUUGUGAACAUUAAAAAUGGCAGACAAGAUAAAAAUCUCACGAACAAGUGAAUUUGAGUUUGGAGGACCAAUUGGUGAGUGUCUUGUUAUGUUUUAAUUUGUGACUGAGAUGCCUAUGGUACCUAUAGAAUAGGUUGCAGAAUAUGUUUGCUAUAUUGGCAGGGUUAUUCACUAAUGUGUGAAAUGUGAGCAAUUAAAAGUAAAUUUCCAAAUUUAGGCCACAAUCACAGAGCUGGAUACAUUCUCCAAGUCAACUUUCAGGGUUAUCACUAAAAUGAGAAUUCAAAGUGAUUUCCAAAUUUAAGGUCAAAAUAGCCCAACUAGAGGGGGCUGGGCCUGACUGCCAUGCUGAUCAGAUACACUUAAUUAGAGAGUUAUUAAUGUCACUUUUUGCUGAUUUAUUGCCUGCAGUGCAUGCAUAUAUCUGGCUUGAAGCUACUUAUUAGUCCUGAGGGCACCAGACUAUACUUCUUAGAAGCAGCUCUGAUGAUAAUAAGGGGAUUUUGAAAGGAGCAGACCUGCGGCCUUCAAGUGGUUUACUAACCACAGAUGAGAUGGAAGCUGCAAAUCCCUCCACCUGUUACCUAUCUAUGAUUUGCAGCCUGUAUCUGGAUCCCAACUAUUUCACCCCGCCAAUGAGGGUUAUCCCAGAAAUUAUCGGGUUAUUGUGGCUCAAAAAACAAGCUGUGUCCUGUCAUAUCUAAUAUGGCAGAGGCUGCGUAGCUGUUCCACCCCCAGGGCCAGCAAUCUUCUACUCCGGACAAACUACACCAGUUAUUUGAAAAAUUUUGAGCCAAGCUCAGCCGAUAAUUAAUACUCAAUUGAUACUGACCUUCCCUCUGAGUCCCUCACUGAGAGUGUCUCACCCUGGGAGAAGACGCACCCAAGGGAAAACGCUGGGCCAUACCUCCCCACGAUUCUGAAGGCCCCAGCAUCUUCUGUUUUGCCUACAAGUGAUAAUUCGGACCAAGCCAAACUGCCACCUAUAUACUGGACAGCAGAGGUCAAAGACAUACCCAAAGCCUUGAGAUUGCAAUGUGCCGCUGUGGAUCUUUCUGACUGGGUCUGGGCCUAUGGCCAUCUGGCAGACUGUCAUUAUCUGGGGUUCUGUACAGUCCAGGGUGGGCAUAGGUUGAUCCAUGACCAGGACUGUCCUGAAGGCAACCUGCCAUCUUACCCCUCUUUAACUGGAACACAGUACUGCCACCACAUAACCAAGAUAUGGCUUUGAUUAAUGUAGCUAUUUUAUUUAUUUUUUCUCUAACAUAAAAUGGGGUAUUGCUUAUCUGUAUGCAUAUAUGCUGUCCAUAGUUGCUCUUUGACAUUCUUUGUCUAACUUCUAAUAUUAUUGUCCUGCAUUUACCUCAAUAAAAAAAGUGAAUGACAAAGAAAAAGAAAACAUUAUCCAACAUGAAAAAAAAUUGUAAGUCUGCUAUGCUUUCACCUCUGCUAAUCUGGUCUUAAAUUUGAAAUUCACUUAAAAUUCACAUUGGAUUCUCACUUUAGUGAAUAAGUCUGGUUUCCAGUUCAGCUAUUUUGACCUGAAAUUUGAAAUUCAGUUUGACUUACGGACAAAUCACACAUUGACAUGAAUAACCUGGACAGUUUUCUUGAGUUGGUAACCAGUUUGCAAAAUAUAGGUAAAAUUAGCACAGAGAUUGCUAUUUUGGCAUAUAUUUUUCAAGUUCUUGGUCAAUGUACAACAUUUAAAGAAUUUCUUUGAUUCCAUGUAACAGGCAUUUUACUGUCUGUAGGUGCGUUCCUGCUUUUGUUUGUGAUUCCUGGUACAGUAUUCUACCUUCUGCUGACAUGUAACACAGAGGAAGCCAGUGUGCUACGUAUUCCGGGUCCUUUGCCUCCUCUCGAGACUCUGUGGGACACAACCGCUGUGACCGUCCUGCUGGCCUGGAUCUCAUUUCAAGCUAUAUUAUAUAUGCUACCCAUGGGGAAGGUAAACACUCUAUACAAACUACUUCACAUAUUUAAAUGGCAAUAAUAAACACUACAGACUGGAAGUGACCCACCCCCAUUUUUAAGCAAUAUAUAAAAAUAUAGCCCCCUUACAUUGAUCACCCACAACAGCAAAACCACUUAUACAUUAAAUUAAAAGGACUUGGGGACAAUCAUAGAUCACAAACUAGGCAACAGUAUGCAAUGCCGGUCUGCCUUUGCAAAAGCUAGUAAAGUGCUUUCAUUUAUAAAAAGGGUUAUUGAGUCACGUGAUCAAAAUAUAAUUUUUUCCUCUUUAUAAAUGAAUGGUAAGUUCUUACUUUGAAUAUGCUAUUCAAUUUUGGGUACCAGAUUUAGAGAAGAAUAUUGCAGAACUAGAAAGUGCAGAGGCGAGCAACAAAAUUAGUAAGGGGAAUGGAAAACAUUAGUUAUGAGGAAAGCUUAAAAACUGGAUUUGGUUUAAUAAGAAAAAAGGCGCCUCAGAGGGGAUAUGAUAGCACUAUACAAAUAUAUAUAUAUUCACAGGGUCAGUACAAACCGCUAUGUGCUAACCUGUUCAUUAGCAAGAACAGACAAGAGGUCACUCGUGACUGGAAGAAAGGUGUUUUCGCUUAAGCAGAGGAAAUGGUUCUUUACCGUAAGAACAAAGAUAAAGAAGUAAAUGCUCUGCCUUAAGAGCUUGUUUUAUCAGAUUUUAUACAUAAAAAAAGGCUUGGAUGCAUUUUGCGUAAACAGAAUAUUCAAGGAUAUAAUUGAUAUGUAUGUAAAUAGGUUGUUGAGCCAAGGAGAAAUCUGAUUGCCAUUAUGGAGUCUUUUAGAUCAACAACAUAAAAGACUGGGUUUCAAGGUUGAACUUGAUAGACUUUAGUCUUUUUUCAACCUAGACAACUAUGUUCAUCCUGGCCAUUAAUGAAGCACUGUAAGCACCAUAGCCACUUCAGCCCUCUAGUGGUUAUGGUGCAAGCAUGUACCUGGUGAUAUCACUCAAUUUCUAUUAAAUUUGCUUGACCCUCCAUUUUUCUACAGAAACACUAUUUUGUCAACUUCUUCUAUAGCAGCACUCCACUACAUAUAGACAUUCACCCUCCCUGUCAUUUUUUCAUGUUAAAAUUAUGCACUAACCAAUAUAAAUAACCAAUAUGAAUAUAAUAACCAAUAUGGAAAUAACUAAUAUGAAUAUAAUGUUUCUUCCUAUUUACAGGUAGUUGAAGGAAUCCCCUUAAGAGAUAAAACCCGUUUGAAAUAUAAAAUUAAUGGUAAGAAAAUAGCAACACUUUGCACAAGUAUUCACUCUCCUUGGAUGUUUGCAUAUUUUAUGUGAUAAAGGGGGGGUUAUUGGCUUGCAGGCUCCAUGCAUCCUCAACGUUUCUGAUUACAUAGAAAUCAUCAGGAGUGAUGACUUCACACUAGGCUUAUUAAGCUGCAGUGAGGAGUCUGUUCUGGCACUGGCUUACACCUUUGUUUUCAAUGGCUUUUCUAUGUGUUUUUUUAUUUGCUGGCAGUACUCAGACGGACACUCCACUGCCCAUAUACAAAAUAAAUAUAACUCACUGUUUUGUAGAUAUACCCCAAGUGAAACCUUGCAAGAAUUUAAUUAUGCAUUUUUUCAUUAGGGAUAUAUCUAAAAACAGCUUGCAAAAUCUGCCGCCUUGUCUGCAGCCAUUGCAAUCCCUCCUCUUCUAACCCCGCCCAGACUUUCCGUAGUUGUCCAAUCACAGACUUGCCAAUGCAGCUCAGUGAGAAGUCUGCAAGGCAGUUGAGGGCAAUUAAGUUUAACUCCACUGAGCUAACCAAACCAUGAAGUAACAGGACCUGUUGUCAGUUGGAAAGUCAAGGGGUGUACCCAUUUUAAUUUAUAAAAGUGUCAAUUUCUAUUGAAAUCUGCACUUUUUGCAAAAUGAAAAAAAAACAACACAUUCCUCAUACAUAAAGCUUUUUAGCAAGCAAAAGUGCUUUAGAGGUGUGGAGUGACCCCUUAACCAACUUGGGAGAACAGGUUGAAUUUUUGCUUUUUUUAGGGGGGGGGGAAGACAGGGCCAGAUUAAGAGCCCAGUGGGCCUGGAGCUGACAAUUAUGAUGGGGCCUAUUUACAGAAUCUUAUCGACCAAAACCACUAAAACAACCAUACCUCCCAAGCGUCAUUUAUCUGAUGUAGAUGGCGUUGGAGGGAAACUCAAAUGAUGCAGCUAUAUGAAAACACAUACUCUAUGCUAAUCUCUCUCUAAUUUAUGCUUUCAUCUUUCAAGUAAAUCCAGAACCCCUAACAGCAGUGUCCAGUGAAACAGGAAGUCAAAGGGAAGGGUAAAAGGGUGUGCCACUGACACAAAUCACGUGACCAGACCUACCAAAAGGGGUGAACAUGCCCAAAAAGGGGGCAUGUCUGUCCAAAGAAUUGGAAGGCCAGCCUGGCAUGAAUGCUGUCCAACUAAGGGCAUACUAUGCAGGCAGCACCCAGAGCUUGACAUAAAUGCAUCAAAUGAUGCGCCUACUACACGCUUUCUAAGGACUGUCCCCUAGCACUCACAUGUCCACUUGCCUCCUUAUUGUCUUACUGGCAGGCAGAAGUUCCUGGUAUAUAGUCUGGGACAGAGUAAAGGUGUAUGUAGUGAGUGUAGAAGAAAGGGGACAUGCCACAGUGUUAGAGAAACCAAAGUCUGCAUUACCUAAACUAAUUUUAUUGUCAGCCAGUCCACACAAGUUUUGUUGCCAUACAUCCCUCUUACACUUCCAAACUUAAAGGCACACUAUAGUCACCAGAACAACUACAGCUUAUUGUAUUUGUUCUGGUAAGUAGAAUCAUUCCCUUUAGGCUUUUUGCAGUAAACACUGUCUUUUCAGAGAAAAUAACUCCACUGGCCACUCCUUAGAUGGCUGCUAGAGGUGCUUCCUGGGGCAGUACUGCCUAGUGUGCAUCACUGCCAUUCAGUGUCUACACCCUCUGCAUGCAGACAGUGAACUUUCCUCAUAGAGAUGCAUUGAUUCAAUUAAUGAGGAGAUGCAGAUUGGCCAGGGCUAUGUUUGACUUGUGCUAGCUCUGCCCCUAAUCUGCCUAGUUGACAGUCUCAGCCAAUCCUAUGGGGAAGCAUUGCAGUUUGCUCAGACCACCACUUCUGAUGAUGUCAGCAGACAGAAUCAGUUCAGAGGCAGAGCAAGCAGCUGCAAACUACAGAAUACAAGUAAGAUUUUACUAUAUUUAGGGAGGCAAGAAGGGGCCAAGGGGGCAAGAUGGUGGUUUUUACAUUAUAGGGUCAGAAAUACAUGAUUGUGUUCCUGACCCUAUAGUGUUCCUUUAAGCAAGAGUAUGUGAAGAGUAGUUAGGGUUGCCACCUUUCUUGAAAAAAAAAAAUACCAGCCUAAAUCAUUUGUAUAAUUAGUUAUGCGUGACAUCACAUGAUGUAAAUCACAAGGAGUGGCAUAAGAGAAAAUUCUGUAAAGCAGUUUGAUUCUGCUGAAUAGAGGAAUUGCUCCCAGUGUCUCCCUGUCUCCCAGUCUCGCAAGUCACCCAGUAUCUCAGUGCCCCUAUGUAUCACAGUGUCCCCAUGUCGCCCAGUCCCCUAGUCUCCCAGUGUCUCAAUGUCCCCAUUUCUCCCAGUGUCCCCAUGUCUCAGUGUGUCCCCAUGUCACUAGGAUACUAGGGGACACAGUGAGACAUGGGGACACUGGGAGACAUGGGGGCACAUGUGAAUACAGACAUGGGGACACUGGGAGACAUGGAGACCCUAGGAGACAUGUGGACACAGACAUUUGGGGACACUGGGAGAAAUGGGGACACUGAAACAUUUGGGGAAAUAAGACACUAGGGACACAGAGACAUGGGAACACAGACAGUGGGAGACUAGGGGACACUGGGAGACAUGGGAUACUGAGACACUAGGGACACUGGCUGGGAGACAGACAGUUGGGGACACUAGGAGACAUGGGGACACUUGUGGACAUAGACAUGGGAGACAUGGGGACACUGAGAAACAUGGGGACACUGAGAAACAUGGGGACACAGACACUGGGAGACAUGGGGACACUGAGGACACUGGCUGGGAGACAUGGGGACACUGGCUGGGAGACAUGGGGACACUGGCUGGGAGACAUAGGGACUCUGAGUCAAUAGGGACACUGAGAGACAUGAGAACACAGACACUGGGAGACUAGGGGAAACUGAGAGCCAUGGGGACACUGAGUCACUAGGGACACUGGCUGGGGGACAUGGUGACACUGUGUCCCUAGUGUCUGUGUCCCAAUGUCUCAGUUUCUCCCAAUGUCCCUAUGUCGCACAGUGUCCCCAUGUUUUCCAGUGUCCCCAAGUAUCUGUGUCCCCAGGUCUCCCAGUGUCCCCUAGUGUCUCUGUCCCCAUGUGUCUCAGUGUCCCCAGGUCUCCCUGCAGACUUUCACCCCAUCCCUCACUUACCUGAGCUAUAGAGCUGCUGUCUGGACUCUCUCUGCUGUGUAGCUGCUCCCCCACGGAUCAGUGAGUAGUAGAGAGAGGCAGGGAUAUGCUGUGACCCCUACUGGCCGGUGCUGGUAUUGCAGAGUAAUGUUCGUUUAUACUGAGAAAAUUACCUGCAUUUGUAUUUCCGGUAUUACUGCAAUACCGGCACAGCCAGGAAGCCUCAAAUACCGGCUGUGCCAGUAAAAUACCAGUCAGGUGGCAACGCUAAGAGUAGUGUUUUUUAAAAAAAUAAAUAAAUAAAAAAGUUAAUUUUUACAUUUUUUUUAAAUGGGCCUAUUACAUGGGCCUGGGCUUGGAGCUCCAGCUCCAUCAGCCCCUAUGCUAAUCCAGCCCUGGGGGGCAAGGGGGGAGAUUUGUAUUUAUUCAUAUGUAAAUUAUCACUUGGGGCAGGACUGAACCAACCUCUACCUUGCUUGCUUCCCAUUAUGAAGUGGGUUGAAUUUAUUCUGUGUAUGAGAGCUUGUAUGCGCCUUUCAUCAUGUAUGCUAACGUUAAGCUAACAAAGUUAUGCCAUGUGUCCCCCUGCAGCGUUUCAUGCCAUGGUUGUGAGCUUCCUGCUGGCAGGUGUUGCGUUUGUACUGAAAUUGCCUCUUUCCUACGUCUAUGACCAUUUCCUACAGUUGGCUGUGGGUGCGGGAUUCCUGGCUCUAGCCCUCAGCAUCUUCCUGUAUUUUAAGGCCCUGGCAGCACCUGAUUCUGCACUGGCCCCAGGCGGUAAUUCAGGUAUCUAACAUUGUACUAUCCGUAUUUACUUUUAUUCAUUCAUUUGACUCUUGCUCUCCAUCCACAUCUAUAAUUAUUAAAGUCUGGUCUCUAUGUACACCAUUUGGAUUGUCAAAUUACAGGCAGAGUCACAAAACAUACUGUAUUCUUGUGUUAAACUGUUAUUAUUCCCUUAAAUCACUGUAUCCAUUGCUGCAGAAUUUGUUGACACUGCGUGGGGUACGGUUGAUUAUAAUUCAGCCAUUUGCUCCCUCAGGUAAUCCCAUUUACGACUUCUUCAUUGGACACGAGCUGAACCCUCGAAUUGGCUCCUUUGAUUUGAAGUAUUUCUGUGAGCUGCGUCCUGGACUUAUUGGUUGGGUGAGUAUGUGGUUUACUGCUCUGUGAUGUGUCUGGUCCUAAUAGAAUUGGUUUCAUAUUGCUUCAGAUGUUCGAUUAACAUAUCAUCUUGCUAAUUGUUCCUUGUAGUUUAUUUGCUGGCAGUCUUAUCUUCUGGCUGUGGGUACGUAGCCUGCCCUUAUCCCCCUGUUUUCAUCUUUAUGGAUAUUUUUUAAUAAUGAUCAUUAAAGAAACAAUAAUGUGUUAGGAAUAUAAUCGUGUAUUCCUAAUGCCUUUGUGUUUCUGAUCCUAUCUACGAAGCCCGUCCCCCCCCACUCCAUUCCCUUUUUGACAGAAAAACAGUUUUAAGAAUUGUAUUUGCUCACCUUAUUCAAGUGCUGAGGUUACCUUGGCAUUGCUCGCCUCGAGUAACUGUGCGUAUGAUAACCACUAGAGGAGGAUUUAACCCUGCAAUGUAAACAUUGCAGUUUCUAAAAACAUAUCAAACGGUUAACAUGCAGGGUCACUUUUUUACAUUACAGGGUUAAACCUACAAAAUCACAGCACCCAGGCUAUUUUAUUGAGAGGAAGUGGGCUUGGUGACUUUAGUGGUCCAUGAGUGGUGGAGAGACUGAUGCAACAGAGGGACAUACUUUCAUGAAUUGGGGCAGUGCCCCUUCUGGCUGGUUUGCAAACUAACUGGAAUAUCUAUGUGCAUAUCCGUUUAACAAUGGGAUGUUCUGCGAUGUUAAUGCAAGUUCAUUUUAUUGAAUGUGUCUGUGCAUUGAUGCUUAAAACUAAUGUGAGCGCUCCAAAAAAAAGUCUUCACCGUUCUCAAUCUGCAUUGGCAAAUGAAAAACAAAUUGUAUCAAGUAUUAUGAAUACAAAGUAACAAAAAAUGUUGCAUAAGAACUUCCAGAUAUAUUAUCAUGUGGUGAUGGAUCUCGUCAAAUAUUUAUCAAGCAAAAAUCUCUAUAACCACGAAGCACUAUAUGUGGAUAGGUGGAAACAGCUAUUUAUUCGCUAAAUAUAAAAGACAUUUAAAAUCCAGUCACAUCAAAGGUGCAAAUCUACAUAAUAUCAUAAAUAGACAAGACAUCAAUGAAAAUCAUACACGUGUAAUUAAUAUAAAACAUAGAUCAGACAUAAAACCAAUUAGAAAAUGACAAGGUUAAACUGUAUCAGAGUGCCAGGACAAGAAUCUGUUAGACAGUGUGGAGGCCCCUACACUGAUAGUAGCCUAUGUCCAAAAAAAUCGGAACUGAGAGAUCCGUUGUCAUAGACAAGAUAAUCAAAAAAAAUAUAGAAAGUUGUACCCGGAUGGCAGGGAGCUCUGAAACCCACCAAAUGUCUCUGUAUCAACUAAGGGAGCUGCACUGGAACUGGCUUUAAGUCUGAAAAAAAAACUAUGGGGGUAAGCCAGAACAAGUUACCCAGUACGCUGUACUUCACGUGAGGCUGGGGGAGCACGCCAACCUGCCCGCCAAGAGGUAAGUAUGUUUGCGUCACUUUGACAGGCAGCUUCUGUGACCGAGAAUCGCUACCGGGUCAUAAAAAUCAUGCUGGAGAUGCAGUGAAUAGUAUAAUAAAAAAGACAGUCUACCCGUUUCGUCUUAUCAUAAGACUUUCUCAAGACUAAAGUCUAUUAGAAUGAUGCUGACUAUAUAUACACUCUAGUUCAAAGUUAACCUAUAUCGGUGAUGACAUCAUCGUUCGUAAAAGGGGAAUUUCUUUGCUCCACCAAAAAUAAUCAAUCUCCACUUCUUAUCGUACAGGGCUAAUUAACACUACUUUAAAGUCAUCACCAUUCUUAUUAAUUAAUUAAAUGUAUUUUUAUUAUUAUAGUGUUGUAAUUUUUAUUUUUGGUGGAGCAUUAUUUAGUAAAAAUGCCCCGUUUUACAAACUAUGAUGUCAUCACCGAUAUAGGUUAACUAUAGUGCAGAUUGAGAAUGGUGAUGACUUUUUUUGGAGCACUCACAUAUUAGUUUUAAUCAAUAUUUUAUGUUAAAGGGACACUAUAGUCACCAGAACAACUACAGCUUAUUGAAUUUGUUCUGGUGAGAAAAUGCAGUGUUUACAUUACAGCCUAGUGAUAACUUCACUGGCCACUCAUCAGAUAUCUGUUAGAGAUACUUCCUGGGUCAUGGCUGCCUAAAAUGCAUCCAAACAUUCAAUGUCUCCUCCCUCUGCAUGCAGACACUGAACUUUCCUCUUAGAGAUUAAUUGAUUCAAUUCAUCUCUAUGAGGAGAUGCUGAUUGGCCAGGGCUGUGUUUGAGUUGUGCUGGCUCUGUCCCUGAUCUGCCUCUUUGUCAGUCUCAUCCAAUCCUAUGGGGAAGCACUGUGAUUGGAUCAGGCUACCACUUCUGAUAAUGUCAGCAGAAAGCUUGUUUUUCUGAGACAAACAGCAUGCAGAGUUACAACAUCAGGCUUGAAUACAGUAAGAUGUUUCUAUAUGUAUGGAGGCAGGAGGGGCCCAGGUGGGUUAGAUGGUGGUUUUAACACUAUAGGGUCAGGACUACAUGUUUGUGUUCCUGACCCUAUAGUGAUCCUUUAAUUUGCAAGUCGCUCAUAUUUGAAUGUGAUGCAGCCCUUCAAUAUAUAAAUGUACAAUAAGAAUAUAUGAUCUUAAUUUCCCUAAUUCAGUUCCUUAUUCUAACCUUUAGUUCUGUGCAUUGAUGCUUGAAAACUUUAAAUAAAAAUUUCACAACAAAAUGGCUGCAACUUUAUAGGAUAAUGAUCAUAAGGUCUUACUAUUUCUCCCCUUGGUCCGUAGUGUUUAAUCAACCUGUGCUUCCUGGUGAAGGAGGUCGAGCUACGAGGCUCCCCGUCUCUUUCCAUGAUUUUGGUGUGUGCAUUUCAGGCUCUGUAUGUCAUGGAUGCUCUGUGGAAUGAGGUAACAUAUUUACUUGUGGUUUAUCAUCUGCCCAUUUGCUGUGCUAAAAUUUAGGAAUCAUUUGAGUGACAUUCUUUCCAUAAUUUAGACUCAGUUAAUUUGCACCUUCAAGGAAAAUACCAUGAAUUAUUUGUUUCUUUCAGAGUGAACCUAAAUUGACUUUUUAAAUUUAAGUCCAAAAUAGGUGAAAUUAAAGAAAAGCAGACUUUGGAGAUAUUUUUCAGAUUCUCCUGUUGUAGCAAAAACGUGAAAUUCACUAUCUGUUUUAUUUUAAAUUCAAAUUUAAAGGACCACUUUAGGCACCCAGAUCACCUCAGCUCAAUGAAGUGGUCUGGGUGCCAGGUCCCUCAGGUUUUCACCCUUCAGAUGUAAACAUAGCUGUGUUUACACUAGGGUUAAUCCAGCCUCUAGUGGCUGUCUCUGAAAAUCACUGUGAGAAGAAGCUGGACGUCCAUAGGAAAGCAUUGAGAAAUGUUUUCCUAUGGACUAUUUGAAUACGUGUGCGGCUCUUGCUGCGCAUGCACAGUCUGCACUGACGUCGGCAGAGGGAGGAGAGUUCCUCAGCGCCGAGGGAGCCCGGCUCUGGAGAAAGGUAAGUGUUUAACCCCUUCAGCCCAGCGGGAGGGGGUCCAUGAGGUUGGGGGACACCUAAAGACCCUAUAGUGCAAACAAGUUUUCCUGGCACUAUAGUGGUCCUUUAAGGUCAAAAUAUCCAAAAUGAAAAAAGUUGUGCUUUCAAUUUGGCAACUCUGACCUUAAGUUUGAAAUUCACUUUGAAUUCUUCCUUUAGUAAGUAAACCUGUAUGAAUUCACAUUUCAUUCCUGGCAGUUUGUUGUUUCAUGAGUUACCCUGAAGGUCAUCUGAGCGUUUUUGGUUUAGUAUUUCUUCUAAUAUUUAUAACUUUUAUAAAGUAUAUACUUUUGUAUCUUUUAUUUUCCCUUUCUCCUUCUUCAGGAGUGCAUCCUCACGACAAUGGACAUUGUCCAUGAUGGGUUUGGUUUUAUGUUGGCUUUCGGAGACUUGUGUUGGGUUCCAUUCACCUAUUCUCUGCAAGCAUAUUUCCUCGUCAGUCACCCGCAGGAAUUGGGGACUUUUGCUGCUCUAUGCAUCGUGCUGAUAAACAGUAAGUCUACAUUCUGAAAUAUUUCCUACAAAGUGUGGUUUGAUCUUAACUAAUAAAUGAAUUCAGCUAAACUAGAAGACUGCUACUAGAGUUGUGUUUAACCCUGCAACGUAACCAUUGCAGUUUCUACAAAACGGCAGUGUUAUACACUAAAGUGGUUAAAAUGACAGGACCACUGCACCCAGACAACUUCAUUGGUUCUUUAACCGUUAAAAUAAAUAUUAAUAAUACAUUCAUGUUUCUUACUUUUAAAAUGAAUCCCUGAAAAAAUAAAAGUAAAUUGUUCUAACAUAGAAACAUAGAAUGUGACGGCAGAUAAGAACCAUUCGGCCCAUCUAGUCUGCCCAAUUUUCUAAAUACUUUCAUUAGUCCCUAGCCUUAUCUUAUAGUUAGGAUAGCCUUAUGCCUAUCCCAUGCAUGCUUAAACUCCUUUACUGUGUUAACCUAUACCACUUCAGCUGGAAGGCUAUUCCAUGCAUCCACUACCCACUCAGUAAAGUAAUACUUCCUGAUAUUAUUUUUAAACCUUUGUCCCUCUAAUUUAAGACUGUCCUCUUGUUGUGGUAGUUUUACUUCUUUUAAAUAUAGUCUCCUCCUUUACUGUGUUGAUUCCCUUUAUAUAUUUAAAUGUUUCUAUCAUAUCCCCCCUGUCUCGUCUUUCCUCCAAGCUAUACAUGUUAAGAUCCUUUAACCUUUCCUGGUAAGUUUUAUCCCGCAAUCCAUGAACCAGUUUAGUAGCCCUUCUCUGAACCCUCUCUAAGGUAUCAAUAUCCUUCUGAAGAUACGGUCUCCAGUACUGUGUACAAUACUCCAAGUGAGGUCUCACCAGUGUUCUGUACAAUGGCAUGAGCACUUCCCUCUUUCUACUGCUAAUACCUCUCCCUAUACAACCAAGCAUUCUGCUAGCAUUUCCUGCUGCUCUAUUACAUUGUCUGCCUACCUUUAAGUCAUCAGAAAUAAUCACCCCUAAAUCCCUUUCCUCAGAUGUUGAGGUUAGGACUCUAUCAAAUAUUCUGUACUCUGCCCUUGGGUUUUUACGUCCAAGAUGCAUUAUCUUGCACUUAUCCACAUUAAAUGUCAGUUGCCACAAUUCUGACCAUUUUUCUAGUUUACCUAAAUCAUUUGGCUUAUCCCUCCUGGAACAUCAACAUGUUACAUAUCUUAGUAUCAUCAGCAAAAAGACAUACCUUACCAUCAAGACCUUCUGCAAUAUCACUAAUAAAAAUAUUAAAGAGAAUGGGUCCAAGUACAGAUCCCUGAAGUACCCCACUGGUGACAAGUCCAAGCUUUGAAUAUAUUCCAUUAACUACAACCCUCUGUUGCCUGUCACUCAGCCACUGCCUUACCCAUUCAAAAAUAUUGGAAUCCAAACUUAAAGAUUGCAGUUUAUUGAUAAGCCUUCUAUGUGCAACAGUGUCAAAAGCCUUACUGAAAUCUAGGUAAGCAAUGUCUACUGCACCACCCUGAUCUAUAAUUUUAGUUACCCAAUCAAAAAAAUCAAUAAGAUUAGUUUGGCAUGAUCUCCCUGAAGUAAACCCAUGUUGUCUCUGAUCUUGAAAUCCAUGUGUUUUAGAUGUUCAACAAUCCUAUCCUUUAACAUGGUUUCCAUCACUUUCCCCACUACUGAAGUAAGGCUUACUGGCCUAUAGUUGCCCGACUCUUCCCUAUUACCUUUCUUGUAAAUGGGCACAACAUUCGCUAACUUCCAAUCUUCUGGGACUAUACCUGUUUACAAUGAUUGGUUAAAUCUGUUAAUGGUUUUGCUAGUACACCACUAAGCUCUUUUAAUAGGUUUGGGUGUAUUCCAUCAGGUCCCAUUGACUUAUUUGUCUUUACUUUUGAUAGUUGAAAUAGAGCCUCUUCCUCUGUAAACUCACGUGUAAUAAAUGACUUAUUUAUCCUUUUUCUUAACUGAGGUCCCUUUCCUUCAUUUUCAUCUGUAAAUACAGAACAAAAAUAAUAAAUAAAUUCUGCAGUUUUUAUUAAUUUUUGAUUGGUUUAUUUAUUUUGAACAUGUUUUUUACUUACUUGCUUUUGAUUGCAAUAUUCUUGUACUUUGUAUGUUAGGUAUAUAUCAGUAAAAACAUAAUACAUUGUAUUUGCUAUGUCAAAAGGAAAUGAUUUGUUGUUGUUUUUUUAGCCGUGGGAUAUAUUAUUUUCCGUGGAUCAAACUCACAGAAAAAUGCCUUCAGAAGAAACCCUGCAGACCCACAAGUUGCAGGUAAGGGGCUGGCACUGACAACUUAAAGUGCUUCUUUUUGAAGUGGUCAUGGUGGUAGAAGCCGGUAUGCCCAGUGUGUCCGCUUGAAGCACUGCACAUACUGAGAUAUGUAUAAUUUUGUGCUGGUGGCUAGUUGCAUCCCCAUCACAUGUGAGUUAGGCAACCCAGAACUAUGUUCCGGCCUGCCUAAUGUCAAUUCUGUACAUAAUUUAUGUAUGUUUUCAGCAUACACACAAGCUUUUCCCUUUCUCCCACCCUCCCAUCCACACUAAUGGAAGCCCUCCUGUCUCCCAACCCAAUCUGUUAGAAUGGACCUCAGUGUGUCUCCCGUGACAUCACAUGGGGGGGGCGCAACAAGCAGCAUUGGGGAGAUUUGUCCAGUACUGAUUGAGACAAGUUAAACUUCUUUUAAAACACUCUUUGGGGGGGAAACAGAUAUAAUAAUGCUAAUAGGACAUUAUUCUAUAUCCUACCAAAAAGGAUUGGCGAAACCCUUUAAUUAUGUAUUAGAUGUCAUACUGAGCCCUACACAAGUUCCAUCACUGUAGAAGGCAGACCCAGUAUGUGCAGAUUUAGCCACAGAAAAGCAUUAAACCAAACCAACUCCUACUCCCCACGUUGAGACUAACAUAGAGUACCCUUUCUAUGCUACUGGGCAGCUAAGCUGACCCCAGUAGUUUAACAAAUACAAAUAAAGGUUUGCAAAAUACCUUUACUUUCCACACGAUUUCGGCAGUCUCUUUGACUCGGUCUGUCUCCGCCCCAACUCUUCACAGGAGAGACUGAUUUCCCUCUGCAUAGGGUUUAUGUAGCUCCCUAAUUAAUCGACUAUAGCCACCUGAAUUUUAACCCCCUCUAGUCAGGGAACACUGAAAGUGCCAUUCUGGGGCUAAUAUAGCAGUGUUCCCUCACACUGCCACAACAUUUAAAAUGGAUUCUGGAAUACAAUGUGUGGAGCCAGUAUGAUAAGCUUUGCAAAGCCAAGUUCUUAAGUUUGUUUUCAUCGGUAUACCACAUGCGGUAGGAAGACGCGUUGAGAUUUGGUUAUAUACAGAGGUUGGAAGGAAAGAAUAACCGGGAUUGAGUAUGUCCAACUAAAUGGCUUAAUGGUAGAAGUCUUCGUGUGAAAUCUUAUUGAUCAACAAUCCUGCUUAUAAUAUGCCUUGGAUUUUGUAUUUGUAGGUCUCAAGACUAUUCCUACAGCAACAGGGAAAAGGCUGCUUGUGUCUGGCUGGUGGGGUAUUGUUCGUCACCCGAAUUAUCUAGGAGACCUAAUUAUGGCUCUAGCCUGGUCUCUCCCCUGUGGUGAGUUACACAGAAUCUAUAAUGGCAUUCACAGAUACCAUGUUUACUUUGUACUGAACAUAAACCAUAUCUUAUUUAGAGUGAAAAAUAAUGAGAUUGCUCUAAAAAUAUAAAGCAAUUUAUACAAAUAAGUAAUAUGCAUAAAAUACAAACACGCCCGUAUAUGGUCCUUUGUGAGUUAUUCAGCUAGUUUAAUUAUGUAUAUUUAGGAAAAUAAUAUUCCUUUAAAUAUUUAACAUGUCUGUUGUUACAUUUAUGUAACAUUAAACUGACAACCUUCCUCUUUCUUUUUUUAGGGCUCUCUCACAUUCUUCCAUACUUCUAUGUUACCUAUUUCACGGUCCUCCUCAUUCACCGCGAGGCAAGAGAUGAACAUCAGUGUAUGAAGAAGUAUGGCUUGGCCUGGCAGGAAUACUGCCGCAGAGUGCCCUACAGGAUGUUCCCAUACAUCUACUGAUCACUCAGCUGCAUCCUUCCACUGCAGACAAUAUACGUAGCAAGUUUGUCUACAAUGACUUAAACUGGUUAUGUGAACUGAUACUACAUGUAAACAUUUACUACUGAUUUAAAUCGGCCUCCAAACAAGGCAAGAAGGGAUUUAUUUAAAUACACAGUACGGUGCAUCUAGUAACCUUAAGGCUCCUAUUGCAUUUUUUUUUUUGCUUUCAACCAGUUUUCUUCUGAGUGCCUCCUAUGUUCUUUUAAUUAAAUGGACAAACAGCAGUGGGGGAUGUCAGUAAGUUUAUAAGAUGAAGUACAGACAGUGAGGGUAAUCACUCAUUAUGGUAAUGUAUAUCAAAUUCAAGAAUACAGGGAUGUGUGCACUCUAUCUUGGAGAGGGUAAAUGGAAUCUAGAGUUCUUUGGGUACAGUCCAAACUAACACCCUGGGUCUCAAUAUUGCCAAAACUCCACUUUUUCACAUAAAAAAAAAAAAAUCAAUUUCACAUUAUUAUCCAUUGUUGUGUUUACGAGGUCUUUGUUGUGUUUACAAGGUCAAAGGAGAUUUCAACCUUUGUAUAACACUAAAACAAUAGUUAAGUUAUGGAUAACUGUAUGUAACACAUGAUACUCAGUGGAGGUUUUGGCAUGUCACGUGAUCAAGUGUGGUCAAGUUAUAAUAUGUUAAGAACGAACAGAUUUUGCAGUGCUGUACUAAUAAUUUAUUAAGUCAGACAGAUUUAUGAUUGUUUUAAGCAGAGCUGUACUUUUCCAUUUACCUUUAACUUCAUAAUCUUCAAAAUACCAACCAUUGAACAAGACUAAGAUGUAAAGAAUAUGAUGGAGAAAGUAUAGCAUAAAAUGAUUAUAUAUAAGAGUAGCAUUUACUUUUCUUUGUGAUGGAAUCAAAUCAUGAAAAGGCAUUUUAUUAACAUUCAUUUUCAACUCUAUUUCAGUGACAUUAGAGCUGUGAUUUUUCAUUCAUGCAAGCGUAUAAUGUUCUGCCUAAACAGAAACAUUAAUUUGUUUACACUUUGUAUAAAACAAUGGCUUGAACAAUUUGAGGGAAUAUAAUAAAAUGUUUUUAUUAAUAUGCAUGUGGGUAUUUGUUUUUAAGAUACAACAUGCACUUCUCUAUGAUUGGUUAUUUUAUGAUGUUCCCAUAGGUAUACAAGGUAUGUCUCUCUCCCUUUCUUCUAUCUUACUCUAUUUCCCUUAACCCUUGAGUCUCCACACCUUUGUCUUUAUAGCUAUCCUGCCCUGUAUCAUCCCAUUCUACAUACCCAGAUUGUGGCAUGGCAAAGGAUGAUGGGAGGGGCCAUGUCUAUUCUCUUUUAGAGGUGCCCUGUGCUCGCAGUAUGCAAUGUAAUUGUAGAGUAAGGCAGGCUAUAUUAAGGCAAGUGAUGUAAAAACACCACACUGGCAACUUGUUUAUAGCUCCACAGAUAGACUGUGCAUAGAAACAUACAUAAUCUCUGUCGCCCUACAAUCACAAAACAAUGCAUACAUUCAACUCCUGGCCAUCACCCUUUCCUUAAAAUGUACACACAAUGUGACAUAUUUGGACAAAUUAAUGGACUCUAAAUAACCAAGUCGCUACCACUAAUAAAACCUAGUAGUCUACAGUGUAUGUCACCAAUGGAAUAUCUACAGUUCACAAAGCUUACAAUCAGGGGCAUCAGUUUUGACCGCUUCAUUUAUGCCCUUUGUGCUGACAUGCAUAAUCCCCUCAUACAAAUGUCUGACUUUAAAAGUUGAAUAUAUGAAUGACAGUUGGAGGAGUCAUUGUGUAUUUGGAAAAUCAUCUUUAGUGGCAGUGUCCUGGUACAAUCAAGUUCAUACCAUUAAGUAUGGUGCAGACCCACAAAGGUUGCCUGCAUUAGAAUGAUUUGACCAGGAUCCCUAGAGUAUAUAAAGCCUUAUGCUUUUCAUGAGGGUUUUAUAGCUGACAUGUCAUGGACCAAGUUGUCUACUUGCUCAAAAUUCUAUUGAGCAGAUUUAUAGUGCUAGGAAAACAAACUCCUUUUCUUGGAACUAUAGGCUCUUAAGAGCCCCCUUCCUCGAGGCUGAAGGGGGUAAAACCCCUACAUCAGCUCCCGCGUGGAGCCUAAUAGGCGGCUAGAGGCACCUGCACAUUUAAACCUGCCUAUAGGAAAGCAUUAUUCAGUCCUUUCAUAUGGGGAUCUUACUUAAUGCUGGACGUCCAGCAUCAGAGAAGUGCGAUUUACUCAGUGUAAAUAGUGAGAGCGGCCUCUUAUAGCUGCCAGGGAAACAGCCACUAGAGGCUGGAUUAACCCUGCAGUGUAAACAUAGUCUCUCUGAAAUUAUGUUUUCAACUGCAAGUUUAAAACUAGCGGGACCUGGCACCCAGACCACUUCAUUGAGCUGAAGUGGUCUGGGUGCCUAUAGUGGUCCUUUAACUGCUCUAAGUUGAAGCCCAUAAACUAUGUAGCUGAAAGGACUGAAUACCAAUUCUAUAAAUUCAGAGUUUAUGGAAUAAAAUACAAGAGUGAAGAACUUUUAACUGUUCUCUUAAUCACCAAGAAUAUUGUGCAGUAAAUUGCAGUCUGAACAUAUCUUUAUUACAGUAAAAUAAAUAACUCAAAGAAAAAAUGUUCAAUUAAAAAAAAAAAAAAAAAAUAAUAGGUGUGUUUGUUAAUGUCAUGUUGUCUCUGAGCCAACCUCUUCUAUCAGUGACUUUUUCUCAGGAGGUCUUUUUCCACCCCACACUUUUUCAAUUCCCCUUGAUAUCUCAGUCAAUCCAUUGACAUACUGACGGUAUUGUUGAUGCUCUAUUUUGACAGCUUCCGAUAGCAUUGGAAGACAGUCCUCAUUUUCAUUCGCCCAUGCAGCCAGGAACAAACACUUUUUCUUGGCAUUGAAAAUUACAUGUCGCAAAUGCUUGUCCUGGGACACUAGUUUUCGAGCCUUUCCCAGAACACGCGACAUAUGGGCCAAGGCAGCUAGUGGAAAGGUCUUGCUGCCAUCUCCUUGAAGGAUUUUUGAUGUAGCUUCCAUAGCAGAGCAGGCUCCUACCUGGUCUCCACUUAAUAAUGGGUCUGAUGCAACACGCACAGCACUCUGCAGAGCAUGGGCUGUGGAAUUGUAGACCACAUUGGAGCUGAGUGUAGCAGAAACACCUAGCAAUGUCUCAGUGAAAUCCAAGAGUAUGUCUUCAUCACUCAAAUCACCAUUAUGCCGCUGGAGAGAAAAGGCAUAACCAUAAAGAGCAUUCACAACACUGAACUGGACCAACUGGGAAGGGUUUCGGCUGAGUGAAGACAAGGGUGGGAUAGAUAUAAAUGGGAGUGGAAUACCAGAGCAUUUAGGCUGGUUGGCAACUUCUUCAGGUGAAUCCUCCUUUAUUCUUACUCUAGGCUUUCUUAGUACAAGCUGCUUAACAUUUGCAGUACACUCUUCCUUAACAUCCUGCAGGUUGUUUUUUAAACAGCUUUUGUACUGGUGGAUAUUAAUAGUAUCAGGAAGAAUCCCCCUUUGUUCCUCACCCUCUUGGUGAUCUACACUGUUCACUAGGUGACUUGUUGCAAAUGUAGACAUUUCUCCUUUUGAUACAAUCUCCUUUUUUUCUUCAGUACUUGAAUUAAUUAAGCUAUCUGAGGUUACUGACUUGGGGUCAUUUUCUUCUUGCAAGUGGUUCCUUGAGUCAGCUUCAUGAUCUCUAUCUUUUCUAUCACCAGAACUCACUGAAUUUGGAAGCUCCACAAUCUUUGUGUUUUUAAUUUCUGAGGUCCCUUUCUCGGCCACCCACCAUGGUAUCCAUUCAGGGACCAAGGCUCCAAUGUCUCCACUCUUUAAUAGUCUUUUGAAGUCCUCUUUCUCCCUGUCAGAAAGACUAUUCCACAUGGCUGUCUCCACCCCACUGGAAAUGUGAGUGCCUCCUAUGCCAGCCUCUCCCCCACUGUGAGUGUGAGUGCCUCCUAUGCCAGCCUCUCCCCCACUGUGAGUGUUCCUCAUGCCAGCCUCCUCCUCACUGUGAGUGUUCCCCAUGCCAGCCUCUCCCUCACUGUGAGUGUUCCUCAUGCCAGCCUCCUCCUCACUGUGAGUGUUCCCCAUGCCAGCCUCCUUCUCACUGUGAGUGUUCCUCAUGCCAGCCUCUCUCUCACUGUGAGUGUGAGUGUUCCCCAUGCCAGCCUCCUCCUCACUGUGAGUGCCUCCUAUGCCAGCCUCCCCCAGACCCCGGUAAUGGCGUCCUGCUUCCUCCUCCCGUUUCAUUCUGAGCAGGAUGUCCUCCAUUUCCCGUCUCCCGCUGGGCCCCUCCUCCCGCAGCACGCUGAGCACGGCCUCCCGGUAGAAGUCCUCGGAGCAGGCCGUGUGUCUGGGCCCCCGGUAACAGGGCAGGCUGCAGUAAGGGCCGUUACACCGCGGGCACGUGUAUAUCCCAGGCCGGGAGAGGCACAGCGAGCACACCCUGCCAUGGCCGCCAUCCUCCGGGGCAGCGGGGGACAGAGCCGGCUCCGGCGAGCUGCUACGGGCUGGUAACAGUAAAUCAGGACUGGGGGCCGCCAUCUUGAAUCGGCGUUAUGGCAGCUCGCGAG